AUGACGUCUGUACAAUUCACUGUCGGAAGGCUCGAUGCCGGCAUGGCCAUUCUCUUGACCGAGGACCACCAUCUCAUCGAGUUCCCCUCCUUGUUAUUACCCAAAGGUGUAUCGUCUGGAAGUAUCGUCAAUAUCACUGUGAACCGCAAUACGGAUGAUGAAGAGAAGAAAAUGCACGAGUUUUGGGACUUGCAAGAAAACAUCCUUACAAAGUUUGGUCGACAUGAGCCCGUGAAUCCUGUUGUACGCGUUCGAAAUAUCACACAGACGUCCCUGAUUCUUGAAUGGGAUUCACUCGAGUUAUAUACAGCAAGCUUAAGAUCCCUUGACGUAUACAAAAAUGACACAAAAUUGGCACAGGACGUUCCUACAGAGACCAACUUUAUUAAGCUCUCUGGAUUGGAUGUUGAUCAUGAAUACGAGUUCCACAUCGUCAUCAAGACAACAGCAGGCAGCUUUGAAUCGAACAAGGUGACGGUGCGCACGCAUAAGAUGGAAGAUUUGACGGGCAUCGUGGUUUCAUUUGGCGUCCUCGAGCAAUCUGAAACGGUGAUUCCUGAACUCAAAGCCUUGGUUGAGAAGCUGGGUGCAUCAUGGAGUGAGGAGGUUACAAGUGAAACAACCCAUUUGCUGGCACAAGUCCCAAGAGGUGACAAUUAUGAGAAGGCCGUGAAACACUCCAUCCCAGUGGUCAAGCCUGACUGGCUCAUACAAUGCGAUAAGAACAACAAGAUACAGCCUGCUCUACCCUAUUACAUCGUAAACGUUGCUCCUCCUACCACCAGCACAGAACAUUAG